GAGAAACGCAGAGAGCGCCAUCGAAGCCCUGAAGGAGUACGAGCCCGAGAUGGGGAAGGUGAUCCGUGCUGACCGCAGUGGAGUGCAGCGGAUCCGUGCCCGGGACAUCGUCCCCGGGGACAUUGUGGAGGUGGCAGUUGGCGACAAGGUGCCAGCAGACAUCCGGAUCAUCGAAAUCCGGUCCACCACCCUGCGGGUCGACCAGUCCAUCCUUACAGGGGAGUCUGUGUCGGUGAUCAAACACGCUGAUCCUGUCCCCGACCCCAGGGCUGUCAACCAGGACAAGAAGAACAUGCUUUUCUCUGGCACCAACAUCGCAGCUGGGAAGGCCGUAGGGGUUGUUAUUGCAACAGGGGUGUACACUGAGAUCGGGAAGAUCCGAAACCAGAUGGUAGAGACAGAGCCCGAGAAGACACCCUUGCAGCAGAAGCUGGACGAGUUCAGCCAGCAGCUUUCCAAAGUUAUUUUCCUGGUGUGCAUCGCCGUCUGGGUCAUCAACAUCAGCCACUUCAGUGACCCUGUCCACGGGGGCUCCUGGUUUCGAGGAGCCAUCUACUAUUUCAAGAUUUCGGUGGCUCUGGCGGUGGCUGCCAUUCCUGAGGGCCUCCCGGCCGUCAUCACCACCUGCCUGGCGCUGGGCACGCGCCGCAUGGCCAAGAAGAACGCCAUCGUCCGGAGCCUGCCCUCGGUGGAGACCCUGGGCUGCACCUCUGUCAUCUGCUCUGACAAGACUGGCACCCUCACCACCAACCAGAUGUCUGUCUGCCGGAUGUUCAUCAUGGAGAAGGUGGAGGGCUCCCAGUGCAGCCUGCAUGAGUUCAGCAUCACUGGCUCCACCUAUGCCCCCGAGGGACAGAUCCUGAAGGACGAGCAGCCAGUGCAGUGUGGGCACUACGACGGGCUGGUGGAGCUGGCCACCAUCUGUGCCCUCUGUAACGACUCCUCGCUGGACUACAACGAGUCUAAAAAAGUCUACGAGAAGGUGGGGGAAGCCACUGAAACAGCCUUGACAUGCCUGGUGGAGAAGAUGAACGUCUUCAACACCGACACCAGCAAACUCUCCAAGGUGGAGCGAGCCAACGCCUGCAAUUCGGUCAUCAAGCAGCUGAUGAGGAAGGAGUGCACCCUGGAGUUCUCCCGUGACCGCAAGUCCAUGUCGGUGUACUGCGUGCCCACUGGCCCCGGCCACAACUCCACCGGCAGCAAGAUGUUCGUUAAGGGUGCCCCGGAAAGCGUGCUCGAGCGCUGCACCCACAUCCGUGUGGGCACUGCCAGGGUCCCAAUGACGGCCCCGGUGCGGGAGAAGAUCCUAGGCAGGAUCCGGGACUGGGGCAUGGGCAUCGACACGCUGCGCUGCCUGGCCCUGGCCACCCAUGACUCGCCUGUCCGCAGGGAGACCAUGCAGCUGCACGACUCUGCCACCUUUGUCCACUACGAGAACAACCUGACCUUUGUGGGCUGCGUGGGGAUGCUGGACCCUCCCCGCAAGGAGGUCACCUCUUCCAUCGAGAUGUGCCGCAAGGCCGGUAUCCGUGUCAUCAUGAUCACCGGUGACAACAAGGGCACAGCAGUGGCCAUCUGCCGCAGGAUCGGCAUCUUCUCGGAGAGCGAGGACGUGGCUGGCAAAGCCUACACGGGCCGAGAAUUUGACGAGCUGCCCCCCGAGGCACAGCGGCAGGCGUGCCGCGAUGCCCGAUGCUUUGCCCGCGUGGAGCCAGCGCACAAGUCCCGCAUUGUCGAGUACCUGCAGUCCUUCCAUGAGAUCACCGCCAUGACAGGCGACGGCGUCAAUGAUGCCCCGGCCCUGAAGAAAGCCGAGAUCGGCAUCGCCAUGGGGUCAGGCACAGCCGUGGCCAAGUCAGCUGCUGAGAUGGUGCUCUCUGACGACAACUUCUCCACCAUCGUGUCGGCCGUCGAGGAGGGCAGGGCCAUUUAUAACAACAUGAAGCAGUUCAUCCGCUAUCUCAUCUCCUCCAAUGUUGGGGAAGUCGUUUGCAUCUUCCUGACAGCCAUCCUGGGCUUGCCUGAGGCCCUCAUCCCCGUGCAGCUGCUGUGGGUGAACCUGGUGACAGAUGGACUGCCAGCCACCGCGCUGGGCUUCAACCCCCCUGACCUGGACAUCAUGGACAAGCUGCCCCGCAACCCCAAGGAGCCCCUCAUCAGCGGCUGGCUCUUCUUCCGCUACCUGGCCAUCGGAGUGUACGUGGGCCUGGCCACGGUGGGCGCAGCGACCUGGUGGUUCCUGUACGACACCGAGGGACCGCAAGUCUCCUUCCACCAGCUGAGGAACUUCAUGAGGUGCACUGAGGACAACCCCAUCUUUGAAGGAAUCGACUGUGAGAUCUUCGAGUCCCGGUACCCAACUACAAUGGCUCUGUCCGUGCUGGUGACGAUCGAAAUGUGCAAUGCUCUGAACAGUGUCUCCGAGAACCAGUCGCUGCUGCGGAUGCCACCAUGGCUCAACAUCUGGCUGCUGGGAGCUAUUGUCAUGUCCAUGGCUCUGCACUUCCUCAUCCUCUAUGUCAAGCCCAUGCCUCUCAUCUUCCAGGUAACCCCCCUGAGCUGGCCACAGUGGGUGGUUGUCAUGAAAAUCUCCCUGCCCGUUAUCCUGCUGGACGAAGGACUCAAGUACCUUUCCCGCAACCACCUGGAUGGCAUUCUCAGGACAGUAAGACACACGUGGAGUGGGGAGCACCAGUUGAAAAGCUGCAGGACUCCAGAGCAAGGGAGAAGAGGACAAGAAAUGAAUGACACAAAGGAAACGCUUCUUCCUAAAGGAUCCCUCACUUGUAACUCGGACUGAAGUCUUGCAUGCGUGACCAUCGCUAGAAGCCAGCAGGACAUGCAUGUGUCCAAGUAUCAGACAAAUGCGGGUGAAUCGCUGAAAAGAAAAAUACUGAUUCUGGUUUUUUUCAUAGCUUUCUUUUUUCUGUACAUAAGAGUGCAAUUACUGGACAGCUGGCAUAGGGUUUGGGGAUGGAGCUGUGUGGACCUGGGUCAUUGAAGCACCGUUCCUUGGGGAUUUGUUCCUGUCAAAUUUGAGGCCCUCUUUCCAA